UUUUCAAAAUAUGCAAUCUUCAUUUUUAGUUGGUUUGUUUCUGUUCUUGUUCAUCUAAAAUAGCAAUGAACUUCCUCUUUCACUUGUUCAUAUUAUUUCCUGUCAUAUAUACUUUAGAAAAUUCAUGUCAAAAUUCUUGGUGCAGUGAGAAUAACAUCCUUAUUCGUUUUCCUUUUCGAUUAGAAGUUGAAGGUGAUCAAUAUUCUUAUUGUGGUUAUCCUGGUUUCGAAUUAAGUUGUACUAAUGAUAGCAGAAUAAUUCUAACACUUCCUUAUUCAGGAGUGUUCUAUGUUCGUGAAAUUGAUUAUCUUCGACAAUACAUACAAGUCUAUGACCCUCAGCGUUGUCUUCCAAAUCGUCUUCUAAGCCUUAAUCUUUCAGGUUCACCUUUCGUUACCGGAUUUCUCACGAAUUACACCCUCUUGAGCUGCUCAACUCCAAACAUUGGAUCACAAUUCAUACCUGUUGACUGUCUUAGCAGUUCUACACAUUUUGUAUCAGUUAUUCCUUCAUUGAGCUUCACCGGUUCAUUGCCUCAGUCUUGCUAUGUUAUUAGAAAUCUCUCAGUUCCAGUUGAUAGUUCAUAUCAAGAUUUUUUCUUAAACAACCAGCUUAGUGAAGAUUUUGAACUAACAUGGUCUUCACCAAAUUGUAGAUAUUGCGAAUUACAAGAUGACAUGUGCGGACUCGAGAGCAGAAAUAGUGAUCAAGUUCGCUGUUUCUCUAACAAUACAAAUCAACAAACGGGUCAUUCACAAAACAACCUUUUGAUCUCUAGAAUCAUCAUAUUAUGUGUUGGGGGAACAGCUUUUUUGUGUGCAGUUGCGACGGGAUGCUUAUCACGCUAUAGUCGCAGAAGGAUAAUAUCAGAUGAACCUGCCAUUACCAUCAACAUUACAAGGAUGGGGGUGGGUUUGGAUGAGUCAACAAUCGAAUCUUUUGAGAAGAUUGUAUUAGGGGAGAGUCGACGACUGCCGGGAGUGGAACACAACGAUGGAACCAGAUGUUGCCCAAUAUGUCUCUCAGAGUACAACAGUAAGGACGUAAUCAGAUGCAUUCCUGAAUGCAGACAUUGCUUCCAUGCUCAUUGCAUUGAUGAAUGGCUUCGCAUGAACAGCACAUGCCCAGUUUGCCGUAACUCUCCCUCUCCUCAUUUCCCAUGAAUCAAUUAACAUCCAUUGUACACAUCACACUACCAGAGGUCUGGGAUAUGUAUCAGUAGUACAUAGAUUGGUUUAACAUAUUGAGUCUACAUUCUCAUCAAUGUUGAAUUUAUUCUCAAUGGUUUUAUAUUUUGUAGAAUUAACUUCAUAAUGUUUAAAUUUUGCUUAAAGUAAAUCAAUGGCAAAAAGCUUACAUAAAAUUUUCACGGCUGCAAAUACUUAUUUUCACAUUUCUGCUGAAACAAAAAUUUGACAAUAAUUUAUAAUUCAACAAUAAAAUAUAAUUCAACAAUAAAACAUAUGUUUAAUUGUCACUGCCAUGAUUAUGCUAGCUGCAAUCUUAUACUAUUUUACAAUCUAAUAAAA